UUCGAUUCUGAGUUCUGCUCCGGCGCAGUGAAUUUGGAAAUGAAGGCUACAGCGUCUUGUGUUGGGUUAUUACUACUGUCUGCUUGGCUUUCUCCAAGCAGAGCCCUUUAUUUCCACAUUGGAGAGACAGAGAAGAAGUGUUUCAUAGAAGAAAUACCCGACGAGACAAUGGUGAUAGGGAAAUACAGAACACAGCUAUGGGACAAACAGACAGGCUCUUUCCUUCCAGCAACGCCUGGCUUGGGAAUGCAUGUUGAGAUUAAGGAUCCUGACACCAAGGUCAUUUUGUCUCGUCAGUAUGGUUCAGAUGGCCGCUUCACUUUCACCUCCCACACGCCAGGCGAACAUCAAAUCUGCCUCCAUUCCAACUCUACGAAGAUGGCGCUUUUUGCUGGAGGAAAACUGAGAGUGCACCUGGAUAUUCAGGUGGGUGAGCACACAAACAACUACCCAGAGAUAGCAGCCAAAGAUAAGCUGACUGAGCUGCAGCUGAGAGUGCGGCAGCUUCUGGACCAAGUGGAGCAGAUACAAAAAGAGCAGAACUACCAGCGGUAUCGAGAGGAGCGCUUCCGUAUGACGAGUGAGAGCACGAACCAGCGCGUCCUAUGGUGGUCCAUUGCCCAGACCAUCAUCCUUAUCAUCACUGCCAUCUGGCAGAUGCGGCACCUCAAGAGCUUCUUCGAAGCCAAAAAGUUGGUGUAAAACUCCUAAGACAAAGUGUGACAAAUACUGUUUAAAAAAACACAGGUAUACAGACAGACAGACACACAGUACUGUUUGACUAGUUUUUUUGUUAUACUUUGAACAUUUAGGUCAUGUUUUUGCCAAACUAAAAUACCCCCUUGAUUGAUUUACUAAACAUUUUUAGGCUAUUAAAGCCUGAAUAUUUUGCAUCCUGACUGUUAUUCACACGUCAACAGACUCUAUAUUUCAUGUUGUUACAGUUUUUUGAUAAUCAUAUCUUCAGCAGGCUCCAUAUUUCAUUCCAUACCUGAUAUUCAGUUCUGCAUGAAGCAAAAGAAGGUCACAGAUAAAAUUACAAGUCUGUGUAAUGGUGUCUUGAAAUUAGACCACAGAUUAACUUCAACUGCAUAAACAAUGUACUUCAAGGUGUGCUUCUCUUAAAGGGUCUGAGCCUGUUCAAAACAAGUUUUCAGAAAACAUGGGACAAAGAAUGAUGUUAUGCAGCUUAGUUAGCAGUUACUUCAGUUAGCCCAAAAUGAUUCAUUCGAAUCUGAAUUGGAGAACAGGAUAGUCCUAUUGAGUAGUAUUGAGUAAAUAUGUGAAAAUCAUAUAGACCAUGUAUUUAGGAGAUGGCAUCAUAUUUGCAGGUGAAAAUAUUUGUAAUUAGAGUAAUGGUAGCUUGUUUAAUGCUCAAGAUGCAGGAGUUUGUAUUAUUUAAAAUGAUACAAACUCUGCUUGUCAUUCCAAAGUGCAAAUUAUACUAUUUCUUUGAUAUUUCAAAUUUGUAUAUGUUGUUCAUAAAUCUUACUUUUGUUGAUUGUCCAUAAUACAGUAACUUUGACAUAAUUUUGGUUACAAAAUAAUCGAAACAACUUUAACAAUAGGAAGUCUUGGCUCUAAUAUAAUCUCACUAUUUACUUGUCCCUCCAACAGUGAGUGGAGACCAAUAACAACAAUCAAAAAUUGAUUAAUUCUAACGUGAAUGUUCUACUGUUAAGCAUACUGCUUUCCCCUUUAUGUUGUCACUUAAUUCUUGAUCUAUUCACUGCAAGGAGUAACUAUAGACCUUUUAAAGAUAUAAUUUCAAAUGCUUAAAGCUGUUAUUUAGUAUUUCUACAUGAUAUACUUGAAACUCAAGAUAGUUUGUAACGUUACAGUUUUAUAAAUAUUUUGUACAGAAAACUCAUUGAAACACUGGUUUAAAUUGUGAAUUUGAUUGUCAUCAUUUUACAUGUAAAGGAAGUAGCUCAAAAUAACUGCUAAUGUAGCUCAAUACAGUUGAUAGCAACUUAUAUUCUUAAUGCUGAAUGGAAUUUCACUCAGUAUGCCACUACUUUUGCUAUUGCUCAAGUGUACAAAGCAUGCAUAGAAACACAAACACUGAUGUCUUUAAAAGCACGUCAAGAGGCUCCAUAAGCUUGGGGUUAUGUUAUCAUGUUUUAUUUGGGUUCAGGUCACUUUCUCUACAUUUAGUGAAUUUUUAUUUGUAUGUUAUAUUUAAAAAUGGUUAUUUGGUGGGAUUAUGAAGGAUUUGUACAAUUUUCAUCUGAAUUAAACCUUCCCUUUUUUGUUGUAGUUCAUUACAAGCAUGUCUUCAUUUGCUAAAGUGCAGACAGAAUUUUUGAGAACAUUUCAAGUAACUGUAAUGAAUUCAUCUUGAGUACUUACAGGUAUUAACGUUUAAAAGACUGAAAAACACACGCUCUUGGUACAACACAUGCAGAAAGUAACUUACAAGACUGCAAUAAACAAUUGAAACCGAAUCAUCAUCAAUUUAGCAAUGUUGUCAUGACAAGUGGGCUUUAGUGUGGUGUGUAUUGCCAGUUCUACUUCAUUCAAAUUGUUAAUAUUUUUUUUUAUUGCUCAUUAACGUACAGAUCAAACAGUUUGCUUAUGUACAACCACCUAAGGACAAGAUACAGUCUUUUGUUAGACACUGUACAUGUGAUCAAAUUACUGUGAUUUCCCAUUGAUCGUUCAUAGUUGCUCACAGCCAGAAACAAUGGUUGGUUUUAUUAAACACUAAAUAUCAAAAGACACUAAAAUAAAUGAUCAUACAACCAACAUUAUGUCUGCAUAGUAAGAUGCUAUAGAGUUUCAAAGAUUCACCGAGUUAUACCAAGCUCUUUCUGUCAAAGACAUCCUUUCUUUAUGUUACUUGCCCUGUGGAACUACUGUACAAAUACUAUACAGGAAAAUAAUAUGGUUUUGAAAUGAAGUGCCCUGUUAAUGACGUGUUAAAAAUGCAGCUGAUAUUUUUCAUCAUGGCCAACACCAGUCCUGUUUACACAGCUUUCACAGCAAAAGACAACUAGUUAAACAGUACUGUACAUUGACGCUUUCUCUUUUUAAGCUGACUCAACAUCUUACUGACAGGAAACACCGCAAUCCACAUUUCCUCCACAAAACAUGAGCAAAAUAUCAUGUUUGUUAACUCAUUUGUUUAACCAAAGAGUUAAAAUACAUUAAGAAUUAAAAUAAAUGUAGAUCCAGCAUCCAGUUAACAAAAAGGAAAAACAAACAAACAAAAAAAACCCCAAUAAUUUAGUCCUAGGUACAAUGGCGCAAGAACACUAUUAUGGUCUAGCAGUAUUUCCUGCAUCUUAAUCUUAUCAAACAUGAAAGUGUGAAAAAGGUUUGAAGAUUUUACAACUGUACAGUGUCUACUUGAGUAAAAAGUUUCAGACCACAUUCACAUAGUAAAUCUUUCCAAUCUUACCAUUCCCCAAGAGGACCAUGUCAAGAGCAAUAGUUAAGACAUAUCUUGGGCUUCCGAUUUGGGUGUUCCAGUAACAUUUGUAAAAUGCGCAACCGGUCCUCUUCAACUGUGCAGAUCCAGUUGUGUAUCUCUUUUUGACAUUUAAUGCUCUGUCACAGUAAGACGUUCCAUCUUUUUCGCUGCUUCUUCAGAUACAACCUUUGGCCUUCUUUCUGGGCUUGGGCUGGGAGUGGUUGGAUAUUCCCGUGUUCCGAAAAUAGUGCUACCGACACGGACAUUAGUGGAGCCUACUUCAAUCUGAUGGAAGAAAUAUAGAAUAAAGAAUUGGUUGUACUCAACGUUCAGAGUACAGGUGUCUUUCACACCAUGCUGGGACAGACUGAAUUGAAGAGUUACAGUUUACACAGCCAACAUGAAAGAUUUAGACUCACUUUGCUCAACCCAGUGAUACUGACCACACAGAACAGGCAGACGCACACAAAUUUCUACAAGAACAUAAGAACAAGAGUGGAAAGGGAGUGUUAAACUCACCGCAUGCUCAAAGUCUGUGGACAUGCCCAUACUGAGCUCAACCUGUUCCACUGAGAGCUUCAGACUGUCACACACCUGCUCCCGACACUUCAGCAGCAUCUACACAUUUGUGAAACAGCUAUAUUUAGGGCAGAAGAAUACAUGGAAAUGUUGAAUAUCUUUUACUACUCAUCAAAACAAGUGACGUUGGGCCAUAAAACUCAGUAAAGGUGCCAUGCCACGCAAAAUGCAUGACACGGUAAAA